CCUCAGCUUUGUGUCCCGCCCCACAGCAGGGUUUGGUUUUCCGAGGAGAGCGGAGCCACCGCGGUUCCCGGCUUGCGGGCGCUCCUCGGAGGCGCCUCUGCUUCCCACCUCGUGUUUUGGCUUGCGCGGGGGAUCCUCCCGACGCCCCCCCGACGGCGCCAGCAUGUCUGGAGUGCGCGCUGUGCGGAUCAGCAUCGAGUCCGCCUGCGAGAAGCAGGUCCAGGAGGUGGGCCUGGAUGGCACUGAGACGUACCUGCAGCCGCUGUCCAUGUCGCAGAACCUGGCGCGCCUGGCCCAGCGGAUCGACUUCAGCCAGGGUUCGGGCUCCGAGGAGGAGGAGGCAGCCGGGACCGAGGGCGACGCGCAGGACUGGGCAGGCGCCGGGUCCAGCGCGGACCAGGACGAUGAGGAAGGGUUGGUAAAAUUUCAGCCUUCCCUUUGGCCUUGGGACUCAGUGAGGAACAAUUUGAGAAGUGCCCUGACAGAGAUGUGUGUUCUCUAUGAUGUCCUCAGUAUUGUUAGGGAUAAAAAAUUUAUGACUCUUGAUCCGGUCUCUCAGGAUGCACUUCCUCCAAAACAGAAUCCACAGACACUGCAGUUGAUAUCAAAAAAGAAGUCGCUCGCUGGAGCAGCACAGAUCCUGUUGAAGGGGGCAGAAAGACUGACCAAGUCAGUUACUGAAAACCAAGAAAAUAAGCUGCAAAGAGACUUCAACUCUGAGCUUUUGAGAUUACGGCAACACUGGAAACUCAGAAAAGUUGGGGAUAAGAUUCUUGGAGAUCUGAGCUACAGAAGUGCAGGAUCUCUCUUUCCCCAUCAUGGUACAUUUGAAGUAAUAAAGAAUACAGAUAUUGAUCUGGAUAAGAAGAUACCUGAAGAUUACUGUCCCCUUGAUGUUCAAAUUCCUAGCGAUUUAGAGGGGUCUGCCUAUAUCAAGGUUUCAAUUCAGAAACAGGCUCCAGACAUAGGUGAUCUGGGCACAGUCAACCUCUUCAAACGACCUUUGCCCAAAUCCAAACCAGGUUCCCCACAUUGGCAGACGAAAUUAGAAGCAGCACAAAACGUUCUCUUGUGUAAAGAAAUUUUUGCACAGCUCUCUCGGGAAGCUGUUCAAAUUAAGUCACAGAUCCCUCACAUUGUGGUGAAAAACCAGAUUAUCUCUCAGCCCUUUCCAAGCUUGCAGUUAUUGAUUUCUUUAUGCCAUUCCUCAAAUGAUAAGAAAUCCCAAAAAUCUGCUACUGAGAAGCAAAGUCCGGAGGACCAUCUUUAUGUCUUAGAGCAUAAUUUGCAUCUACUAAUUAGAGAGUUUCAUAAACAGACCUUGAGUUCCAUCAUGAUGCCUCAUCCAGCAAGUGCACCUUUUGGUCACAAGAGAAUGAGACUUUCAGGUCCUCAAGCUUUCGAUAAGAAUGAAAUCAGUUCACUACAAUCCAGUGAAGGGCUUCUGGAAAAAAUAAUUAAACAAGCAAAGCAUAUUUUCCUGAGGAGCAGAACUGCUGCGACCAUUGACAGCUUAGCAAGUCGCAUUGAGGACCCUCAGAUACAGGCUCACUGGUCAAAUAUUAAUGAUGUUUAUGAAUCUAGUGUGAAGGUUUUAAUCACAUCACAAGGUUAUGAACAGAUAUGCAAGUCCAUCCAGCUGCAGUUGAAUAUCGGAGUUGAGCAGAUCCGAGUUGUACACAGAGAUGGAAGAGUGAUUACACUGUCUCAUCAGGAGCAGGAGCUCCAGGAUUUUCUUCUGUCCCAGAUGUCACAGCAUCAGGUGCAUGCAGUUCAGCAGCUCGCCAAGGUCAUGGGCUGGCAGGUGCUCAGCUUCAGUAAUCAUGUGGGACUUGGGCCCAUAGAGAGCAUUGGCAAUGCGUCCGCCAUCACCGUGGCCUCCCCGAGCGGCGACUAUGCUAUAUCAGUUCGUAAUGGCCCUGAAAGUGGCAGCAAGAUCAUGGUUCAGUUUCCCCGUAACCAGUGUAAAGAUCUUCCAAAAAGUGAUGUUUUACAAGAUAGCAAAUGGAAUCAUCUUCGUGGACCAUUCAAAGAAGUUCAGUGGAAUAAAAUGGAAGGUCGAAACUUUGUUUAUAAAAUGGAGCUGCUUAUGUCUGCACUUAGCCCUUGCCUACCAUGAGUUUUGUUUCCAGAACAGUUUCUAGAUUAUUUUUUUCCAGAGAAGUUUCCAGAAACUGACUUGAGAAGAUGAACUAUAAGCACAAGGAAGAGAAAUUUUCCAAAGGAGUAUUGUUUAAAAAAAAAAAAAAUAGCAAAUGUUUACCUAGCAUUUUGAAACCUUUCACUUUAUAAGUGCCAAGUGCUUUGAAAUGCAGAUGCUCAUGUACAGUUACAGGGUAUGUAGUAUGGGGAGAUGCAAAACAACUUUUUUUAUGCAGUUGAAAUGUUACUAAUUUAUGGGUUUGAAUUCAACUUUUUAAAAUAUUCCUUUGAUGUUGACAUCAAAUAAAGCAUAUGGUUAAAAAUUC